AUGUGGGCAUGGCGUACACAUCCAACCGUGGUACUUCUUUGGGUCAGAGCGAAAGGGCUGCUCCGUGCUGCGGAAGCUGGUGUGAAGCUUUCCGUGCAUCAGCCCAUUUGGCACAAAUGCAGGAAGCCAUCCCAGCUCGACUUCGUCAACGAAGGGGUGUGGGGCCCAUUGAAAUGGGCGACGACAUCUCCGGCAGAAGAGGUUCAGAUCCUGGAUGGCUUGGACAUCCAGCUGCAGGCUUCUGGUAUCCGCGUGCGCUUUGCUUUGGGAGACGCCGAGAUCAAGUUUGGAGUGGGAGGUUGUGCCUUCCUCUUGAGCGUCGUGGACAACGUGAUUAUCAGCGGCCCACAUGCUCAAGAGCGGCUACAAAUUGAAGUGGAUGGAAGUCCUCCUCCAUCGCGUGGAUCUCCUGCAAUGCGGGGUCAGCAGCUGAAGGCUUUGCAGCCUGGAACUCUGGAUGUGCUGCCAGUUGGCAAGAAGAAGCAGCAAAAAGUUGCGGUUGGUGACGACACUGGGGUGCUGCAGGUGUUCUACAUAAAAAAAGGAGAGGUUCAAUACGAAUGGAAGUCGGCUCCACUUGGACGCGAGAUUAGCUCCGUGGUUAUACAGCUCGCAAAGGACAAAAUCUUUGUUGGAUGCGGGCAAUCCAUACAUGGCUUCACUCGGAAGGGCAAGGAAUUUGUCAAGAUCAAGACGAACCUUACAGAGACGAUAAACCAUCUUUUUGUGGAGGAGAAUAUGAUUUGGACUGGCGGUGAGUACAUCAUGAAUAUCUACGACAGCUGCAAAGAUUAUGGCUUCGUGAUGACCAAGGAUCGCAUAAACGAUCUGACCUGUGCGCCAGUGCACAAUGGGGAGAUCCUCAGCACGAUAGUGGCCUGCCAGGACAAAUGCUUGCGAGUCUAUCAGGGGGAGAAGCUCUCACAUGAAUUCGCGGUUGAGGGCUCUGCAACAGCUCUGGGCUUUCAGGGCUUGAAUCCGGUGGACAAUCCCUCGCAUCAUGUGGGCGACCCCGUCCAGAUGAUCUAUGGGACAGAGCAAGGUGUCAUUGGCCUUUGCUCCCUGGAUGCAAAGUCCAUGCGACGGACUGGUGGCGUUUCCGACCGGCAAUCCAGGCCUGGUGUUUCGACCCCAGGUGCCGGAAGUAGACGGGCACGAGUUUGCAGUUUGCACACCGCGGAUAUUGUCAAGAGUGGUGCGCUAGACCUUGUCGUCGGCCGUGACGACGGCAACGUGGAGCUUUGGGGCCUGGGCGAUGCUGCUGCAUUCGCCUCGCAGCGCUUAGAGCAGGCUCCGACACCUCUGUGGGAGACCUGCUUGCAAGAAAGUAUCCAAUCCUUGAGCUCGGGUCACAUCACUGGUGGCGAUUAUGUGGAAGUGGUCCUGGCUACAUUUGGUGGCAAAGUCUUAGCCUUCACGCCGAGCAGCGCAGCUCGCGAUCCAACGGGCACGCAAAUGGCACAGCAAGAGGAGAAGGAGGAAGCCGGCACCUCCUUGGUUUCAAGAAUGGUGAAGGGCUCGAAAUCAGCUGAGUCGGAACAAGCCGAACUGCGACACGAAAGGUCUCGCCGUUUUCAGGUCUUGGAGCAAGAGGUUGCCCGACUCAAGGCUGAGUCUGACAAGGCGAGGAAAGAGUACCAGAACCUCUCUUCCGAGCAAAUUGCGAUGCAAACAACCACAAAGGUGACGCAUAGGUUCGGCCUAGCAAGCGAGGAGGCCUGCUACAUCCUCACGGUGGAGUCGCAGGCUGCGAUUGAGCUGAUCUCCCUUCGGGCUGACGUUGAAGUGGACUUGCUUGAUCAUUCUGGCACUGGGGCGAUUCUUUCGCGAUCCAAGGGCGACCCGCAGAAUCCACUGUUAGCGACGUACCGAAUGCAGGAAGAAGGCACUCGCUUCCAGAUACGCUUGCGGACCAUUGAAGGUCUCAGUGGAACACUGUCGGCCUUCGUGGUUCCCGCCACGCAGCCCAAGACGGCACAUCUCAUCAGCGUGUCCAUCAAGCCUUUGGCUUUGCAUGAGAAGAUUGCCGAAGCUUCCGCGGACAUUCCAAUGAACGAGCUGCGCCUGACUGGGCCUUUUUCCGUGACGGACAUGCACUCAUGGCUCGCUCUUUGUGUUAAUGAACUUCCGUCGCGACCAACAGAUGAUGAAAUGGUGAUCAGCUACAGGAGCACCUUUGUUGGCACUCAGCUCUAUGGGAGGUAUUCCAAGGGCACAGCAAUCUUCAGAUCGGAUUCGAUCACCACCAUCGGAGUCUUGAAGGAUAUCAUUACGAAGGAGGCCACAGCAAAGAAGGUUCAGGUCUCCAUGAAUGUGGACGUGAAGGAGGAAACGUUUGGCAGAUUUUUGGAACUGGUGCACCCGAAGUUGAAUUAUCAGCACGCCUUGACGCAACAAGUGCGCAUGGUUGAGCCGCUGCGAGAGGUGCAGCUCCAGGAGGGCGAAACCAAGUUCCUUCAUCCAGAAUUGCAGUCGGUGCUGGAGCAAGCAGCUGAAAUCCAGCAACAGUUCCAGCUUCAGCCGCAAAAGCUGGCCUUCCUACAUAGCAUCGUCAUAUCUGCUUACAGGCAUAAAUGGCGACUUCGUGGCUACCAAAGCGUGGAGCACAGGAUCAAGGACUUGCAGCGACUCUUGGAGUCCUACAACUUGGAAGUGGUUUCUGCCUUCUUCAGCGAGUCCAUCGACUGA